UAUCCAAAUCUCCAAAAAUUUUCAACCCGUAAGCACCGCUGUGCUGCUCGCUCCGAAUUAAAGCCGUGAACGCGAAAAAUACAAAAUAUACGCCGGUUAAUGGUUUAUUUGUGGUUCGUGCAAUAAACAAGUGCGCCAGAUUAAUGUUAAUUAUUUUGCGAUUCUAUUGAAGUUGACGGGUUGUAAUUUUUUAUUUGGCGGUCCUGAAUUAAAUCGGAAACCGAAAGAUAGUGAACUGCGCGCCUGAUAAAUACAGUUGAAUAGCGCGCCAUGUGCGGAUUAUUAUACCAGAAAUAAUUAAAAGGAAAGAAUAUUCGUAUUAAAUUCAGAGUGCCGAAAAAACAACGGUGUCUGUUUAUUUGUUGCUGUUGUCAUUGUCUUUGCCCGAGAAGCAAAGAUUCGCUGAACGGUUCAACGGAGCAGCAGCGCAAAGCGGAAUCGACCAAAACAAAGUGCAUGCUAAAACAAAAACGUUUUCGAAAAUGUUCGAACUGGAGGAUUACUCGAGCGGCAUACACGAGGGCUUCUUCAGCAAAUAUGCGGACGCAGCUGGACCCUCACUGGAUUUCUACGUUUCCGACUCAAUGCAGGAAAUGCUGAAUGUGGACAUUCGCGCAGAGAUUGCCAAUGUGGUGGGCAGCUCCAGCAGUGAUCUCACCUCGUCCCUGGAUCAUGCCCUCGAGGCCAUAUCCGCCAUAAAUAACAACAGCAGCAGCACAGGGAGCAGCAGUCUGCCGGUCUCCUACAAUGCCAACGCCAACUUCCUGACCAGCAGCGCUCUCCAUGCCUCGCCCACGGCCAAAUGGAUGGGCUCCUCGGCCAGUUUCUGGUCCAAUUCGGACUACUAUGCAGAUCUGGGUGCCUGUGUGAAUCCCAUUUCCGUGAUGCCGCUGAUAAACUCCACCUCCGGAUCGUCAUUAGGUUCGCCGCGACGCAGCAAGACAGCCACAUCCGCCCAGGGAAGAUCGGGAGCGGUGCCAUCGUCGCCCUCUGCAGAUCGUGAUCAUCCCAAGUCGCACUUGACCUUUUCACCCGCCCAGAUGAAGGUCAGCGCUGGAUCUCUGCGCCGGGAGCAGGUGAUGGCGCAUAUACCCAAACAGAUAUCCGUGGUCACAGGCACAGGCACCACAGCGCCCGCAACGAUGGCCACGAACUCGGCCCUGCAGCGUCGCAACUCUUCGGCCGUGGAUGCCGUGCGCAAGGAUUUGGCCACAGAGCUGCGCAAGGCUCAGUCCUCGAGCCCGGUGCCCAACAACCUGGAAGUGGAGAUGGGCAAGGGCAAGGGUGCUACAACGCUGCUCACAGCUGGCGGUGGAGCCACCAACACAAUUAAGCUUGCACCCGGCAUCGGUGGACUGACCUUUGCCAACAGUGCUGCGUACCAGAAACUGAAACAAACCUCUGUGGUGAAGUCACCCGGUGGCAUGUCGCCCGGAGGCAUCAUCAAGCGGGAGGACAAGCGAGGUCAUCAAAUCAGCAGCACCACACCAAAGAGUAUCGCUUCGUCGGCCAAUUCGCCGCAUCAUCAAAUGCAGAGCAACUGCAGCUACAGUCUGGGAUCGCCCUCGUCCCUGUCCUCCGCUUCCUCGGCGGCCCUCUCACCGCUGGGCAAUGUGAGCAAUCUGGUCAACAUAGCGAAUAACAACAAUGCGAAUGGAUCGGGAGUGGGUGGCAUGGUGAAGCCACUGCAGCAAAAGGUUAAGGUGCCGGCUGUGGGCAGUCCGUUCCCCAAGCCAGCGUAUUCCUACUCCUGCCUCAUCGCUCUGGCCCUCAAGAACUCGCGUGCCGGCUCACUGCCCGUCUCCGAGAUCUACAGCUUCCUCUGCCAGCACUUUCCGUACUUCGAGAACGCUCCCAAUGGCUGGAAGAACAGUGUGCGUCACAAUUUGUCGCUGAACAAGUGCUUCGAGAAGAUCGAACGCCCGGCCACGAAUGGCAAUCAGAGGAAGGGCUGCCGCUGGGCCAUGAAUCCCGAGCGCAUCAACAAGAUGGACGAGGAGGUGCAGAAGUGGUCGCGCAAGGAUCCAGCUGCCAUACGCGGAGCCAUGGUCUAUCCACAUCACUUGGAGUCCCUGGAAAGGGGAGAGAUGAAGCAUGGAUCCGCGGACUCGGAUGUGGAGAUGGAUUCGCAGUCGGAGAUCGAGGAAUCUUCUGAUUUGGAGCAAGAUUUCGAGGACACCCUGGUGGAUGCCAUGCUGGUGGAGGAAGAGGAGGAGGAGGAGGCCGGUGAGGAGGACGAAGACGAGGAGGAGCACAUGCUGAGCGAGUUUGAUGCUGAAGACGAGCACAAUUCGCAUGCCAGCAUUAAUCAGUCGAAUAACCUGCCCAUUGAUCACGAACUGCUCGUCCAGAAGCACAGUGACUUUGAUAUUGAGGUAGAUGAACUGUACGAUGCCAUCGACAUUGAUGAUGACAAGGAGGCAGUGCGUCGCCUGAUCAACAACCAGUCGCAGCACAUCAUCGAACUGAAUCCAGCCGAUCUGAAUGCCAACGACGGCUAUCAGCAGCAGCCACCUGCGAAGCGUGCCCGUGUGGACAUCAACUAUGCCAUCGGACCCGCCGGCGAGCUGGAGCAGCAGUAUGGCCAGAAGGUGAAGGUGCAACAGGUUGCGCAACUGCAGCAUCAACCGCCCACCUACAACAGGCGCAAAAUGCCGCUGGUCAAUCGCAUCAUCUAGGGCGGGGGCAGAGCCCUCUGAAAAGCAUGCAUGCCGCCGCUCCCAUUACAUUAAAAACUUAGUGCUAGGUAUUUGCAUUUAAGGCAUCCUUGCUACGCUUACACGAACUCCCUUAGAGUCUCUAUCCCCUUUAUUAAUAUCCAAUAUCGGAUAUCGAAUAUCAGCUUUCAGUUUUCGGUACAAGGCUUUCUGCCUGAAAUAUGUUAUUCAAUCCUCCCCCUUUUUUGGCCUCCGUUUGAUUUUAAAUCCCGAUUCGAGCCUAAGCCCGAGAGUGGAGUGCCAGAGCGCCACUUAAUUUGAAUAUUUUCUGUAGUCUCCUCUCGAAUAAAUCUAUAUUAAUUAUAACAUACCCGAAUUUAGAGUCCGUUUGCCUGACGCUUGAGCCAGAAACUCAAUAGGUUUUCUCGAUCCCAUGACGACGCACGAAGCUUGUUAAUUAUUUUGCAUUCGAUUCAUUUCCAACUUGAUCUCUCCAUAUUGACAAAUGAAGGAACUAUCCUCAGUUUAAGUAACUAACUUGACAAUGCAUUUAUAUGACCUGACCAGCGAUUCCAUUCAUGGUCGUAGAAUAGUUACUAUGUGCAACACACAACAUCGAUUAUUUUUGACAACGAAAUGUGAACAUUAGGUUUAUGUUUCGAACUUUUUCUUCCCCCUCAUUAUAACUACAAUUUUCAGCUUAAAUUUAAGACACGAUCACACAUAGAAAACAACUUGCCGGUCCAGUAUUCGUAUGUGAGCUAUAAAUGCGGAUUUUUAUACAACUUUUUGUAUGUAAUGUACAUUAUAAUUAUAAUAAAAACAAAUGGAAAGCACCCACAAUUAUUGUUGGAAAGUACAGUCAAUUAAAUAAUACGAUUAUUGUAUUGUAAGGCAAUUCCAGUAUGUAAAUAGUUUUUUAAACAUAAAGAAAAACUUGUAUACUACGCCCGUGCUUAGAUGUAAGUGUAAAUUGUAAGCCAAACCGAGAAUUCCAAAUGAACCGACGACUCACACGAUCCGUAAAACCAAUAAGACUUGAACGAAGCGUAGCCCGACACGAAAUCAGUCUCAGAUUUAAAAUAGUACAAAGAGCCAACUAGCUAGGUUACGGAUGACCAUUAAAAAAAACACAACCAACUAAUGGAUGGACACACCGUUUUUGUUUUGUUUAUAUAUCGUUUUUCCGUACAUCUUUUCUGUUUCGAGUCACAGCCCAUCUUUGCAUCCAAUUAUUAUUCCAUAAACGACGAACCAACAACAUUCACGCAUUUCUUGUUGUAAUACUAGCAUCUAAGUAGCAUUUAGCAAAUUAAUUAUAUUGUACCGCUUAGUAAGGCAUUCUAUGUAAAUGACUUUGGACUACGGAAGGACAAUUUUUGUAUAGAGUUGUUAGAAAAUCAAUUGACAGAGUAAAAUUGAA